GCUGGACCGGGACAGGAGAGCGAACGCUGGGCUCUUCUGCGGAAAGUAAACGCGUACCCAGGGCUUUAUUCCCUGGUUCUCCCCCAUUUUUUCUCUCCGUCUUUCCCCUUUAUUGAAAUGAGGAGAUAAUCCACACAGGAGCAGCUGUGCACAAAGUUCUGACGUUGGAAAUAAUUCGGAACGGAGAAGAAGAAGAAGAUGGAGGGCGUAAAGAUCAUCGCACUGUGUCUUGUUUUGGGGGCCCUGAGUAACGGCCAGAUACCCGAGUGCAGCAGGAAGAAAGACUGCCUCAUUGACGUGUACUUCACCAUUGACACAUCUGAGACCAUAGCCCUGCAGGAGACACCACCUGGAUCGCUUGUGGAGAGCAUCAAGACCUUCAGUGAGCGCUUUGCCGAACGUUUAGAAGCUGCUGAAAUUCAAGGUGCUGUGCGAAUCAACUGGAAUAUUGGUGGACUGCACUUCUCCCAGAGACAGCAAGUGUUCAGCCGCCUGGGCUCCAAGAGUGAUUUCAUCACUGGUGUCAGGGGAAUCCGUUACCUUGGGAAGGGCACCUACACGGACUGUGCGCUCACCAACAUGACCCAGGAAAUGCUACGCUCACCCUCAUACCCCAACGCUCUGAGAUUUGCCGUGGUCAUCACCGAUGGCCACGUGACCGGCAACCCAUGCGGCGGCAUCAAAGUGGCGGCAGAAAGGGCUCGUGAUGAAGGCAUCCGCAUUUUUGCGGUGGCGGCGUCCAAGAAUAUCGACGAGACCGGACUGAGGGAGAUUGCUAACACUCCAGCGACAGUCUACAGGAACGACUUCAUGGCUGUGGAUUUGAGUUCUGGCAGAGCCGUGAUCCAGACGGACACCAUCGACCGCAUCAUUAAGACGAUGAAACAUCUAUCGUUCGUAGAGUGCUACAAAGUGACCUGCCUUGAAACCGCAGGCCCACCAGGUCCACAAGGCCACAGAGGACAAAAAGGUGCCAAAGGAGACAAUGGUGAACCAGGUCCAAAGGGACAGAGAGGUCGCCCAGGUGACCCAGGUAUUGAGGGGCCCAUUGGUCAGCCUGGUAUCAAAGGAGAGCCAGGUCUUAAAGGAGACAAGGGAGAGAUUGGCGCUCAAGGGAAAAAGGGUGUAGCCGGAAUCCCAGGACGCAAUGGGACAGAUGGACAGAAGGGUAAAAUUGGACGGAUCGGUGCUCCUGGCUGCAAAGGAGACCCUGGCGACAGAGGUUCUGAUGGUCACCCUGGAGACGUUGGUGAACAUGGUCUUGCUGGAACUGCUGGAGAUAAGGGAGAUCCUGGACGUCCUGGAAGAUCUGGUCCUCUUGGCCCUUCUGGUGAAGGUGGACCAAAGGGAGAAAGGGGAAGCCCUGGAUCACCUGGCCUACCUGGACAGAAAGGAGCUGCUGGAACCCCUGGACUUCCUGGAACUAGGGGAGAGCCGGGAAGGCGAGGAGAUUAUGGGACCAAGGGUGCUCAAGGACCAGACGGCAUUAGAGGAGAAAAGGGUGAAAUGGGUUCAGAAGGCUUGAGGGGACUUCCAGGCGAAUCAGGAAACAAAGGAUCAAAGGGCGACAAUGGUCUUCCAGGCCCCAGAGGGCCACCAGGUGCCCCAGGAGAGGCUGGACGAAAUGGUACAAGAGGUGAUGCUGGUGAUGCUGGACCAAGAGGAGAUCCAGGAUCAGUUGGACCUAAGGGAGACGCUGGAAGACCUGGCUUCAGCUAUCCUGGACCAAGAGGACCAUCGGGUGAAAGAGGAGAGAAGGGAAACCGCGGACCUCGUGGCAGCAGAGGAGACUGCGGUCAGAAGGGUGAGCCUGGAACUAAAGGACCUGCAGGAGAGCCAGGUGAGCCAGGACCUCAGGGUGAGCCUGGGCCUAGAGGACCCAGAGGAGACAUUGGGCGUGAUGGAGACCCUGGUCAUGAGGGAGAUCCUGGACUCACUGAAUGUGAUGUCAUGAACUACAUCAGGGAAACAUGUGGCUGCUGUGAUUGUGAAAAACGGUGCGGAGCUUUGGACAUCGUGUUUGUGAUUGACAGCUCAGAGUCUGUGGGCCUGACCAACUUCACCCUGGAAAAGAACUUUGUCAUCAACACCAUCAACAGACUGGGAUCCCUGGCCAAAGACCCGCAGUCCGAAACUGGCACAAGAGUGGGAGUGGUUCAGUACAGUCACAGUGGAACUUUCCAGGCCAUCCGGCUCAAUGACCCCAAGAUUGAUUCACUUUCCUCAUUCAAGGAUGCAGUGAAGCGCAUGGAGUGGAUCGCUGGAGGAACAUGGACUCCAUCUGCUCUCAAGUAUGCCUACGACAAUCUGAUCAGGGACAGCCGUCGAGCCAAAGCCAACGUCACCGUGGUGGUCAUCACUGACGGACGCUUCGACCCCAGAGAUGAUGACUCGUUGCUCACCUACCUCUGCAGUGAUCCCAGUGUCGAUGUGAGCGCCAUCGGUAUUGGAGACAUGUUCGACCAGAUUGAGGAGAACGAGAUUCUGAAGAGUAUAGCCUGCCAGAGGGAUGGCAGAGUGCUGGGCAUGAGGCGUUUCGCAGACCUGGUGGCUGAGGAGUUCAUUGACCAGAUUGAAACCGUGCUCUGCCCAGAUCCUGUUAUUGUAUGCCCUGACCUCCCAUGCAAGACAGAGCCUGCUGUGGCCAGCUGUGUAAAGCGGCCAGUAGAUGUGAUCUUCCUCCUGGACGGUUCAGAGAGGAUGGGACUGGAGAACCACCACCGUGCCAAGGAAUUCAUUGAGAACGUGGCACGUCGCCUCGACCUCGCCGACAGUCAGUCCGAUGAGAGGAACGCCCGUGUAGCGCUGGUGCAGUACGGCAGCCCCAGGGAACAGCGAGUGGAGUUCCCACUCACACACAAUCUGACGGUGAUCGCUGACUCGCUGGCCAGAGUGACCUACAUGGACUCCUCCUCCGCUCUGGGCAACGCGAUCAUCCACGCAGUCAACAAUGUGGUUUACCGAUCAGGUGCCCAGGGAAAUCGAUUGGCUCGUCGCAACGCCGAGCUGGCUUUUGUGUUCAUCACCGACGGCAUUACAUCCAGCGAUCAGCUGGACGAGGGCGUGUCCUCGAUGAAGCGGGCCGAGGGCGUCCCCACGGUGAUCGCCCUGGGAACCGACACCGACGACGAGGUGCUGAGGAAGGUGGCCCUAGGGGACAUGUCGUCCAUCUUCAGAGGCAGCGACUACGCCGUGUUGAACAAGCCCUCUUUCUUUGAGCGUUUCAUCCGCUGGAUAUGCUAGUGAGGAACUAUAACGCUCGACGCCAUAGAAUUAGAAUUUGUAGAAUGAAAGAAGGAGCAGCUCCUUCCACGUGCAUGUGAACACAACACAACUGCACCACGCAAACCUCUAUGAGCAUUAUCAUUACCGGGUGUAAAGCACUGAUGCAGCUAGAAAUCCCAUUGUUGUGGGUUCAGACAGUUUUACAAAAGCAAUGACAAUUCAAGUUGGCCCAAUCAUCUGUCACUGGUUUGUUCUAUUCAUUCUAACUCUAUGGUCAGCUGUCCCAUCCAAAGACACUCACCAAAGAUUUGUAUCAUAUACAUUCAAUUUUGUUUUGUCUUUUAGAAAAGAGUCUUUUUCUCACUGUUGUCACAAAGUCGAUAUUUACAUUAAAGGUGCUAAACAACCGAAAAGGACAAAGCCGUUUUCUUAGGUCUGAGGUUUUCAUAUCAUAUUAUCCUGUACAACUAUAGUUUGUCAGGGGAAUGAAAACAAACAUAAACGCCACAAGAUCAACCACACAAGAUAGCACACUGUGAUCAAACACACACACAUAUCAAAAACAACAUCUGUAAACCUGAAAUUCAAAUAAAGCCAAAUGUGGUAACUCCAA